CUGUACACCGCACUCGGGUCGCGAUGUCGCGCCGGGCGCUGCACCGCGCGUGGUGGAGUGAGUCGUGACGGCGGCAUGUGAUGUUCCGGAGACGCGCGCUGCGGCGGCGGCUGGCGGCGGGCGGCGCGCCGCCGGUGCCCGACGAGCAGCUGCGGCGGCUGGCGCGCGCGCUGGACGCGGGCCCCACGGGCGCGGCCUGCGUGCCCGCGGGGCCCGCGCGCCUGGCCGUGCUGCGCGCGCUGCGCUUCCCCGAGCUGCGGGAGCCGGCCGAGCUGCGCCGCCUGCCGCACUGCGAGGACCCCCAGUGCUGCAACCCCUACCACUACAGUCGCCUCUGCGAGCCCGAAACCCCUCCGCCUCCAUACAGUCGGAUCGCAAUGGACGAUGUAAAACCGAAAGAACACGGCGAGAAUACACAAGACGCGAGGAGGACGGAUCAUGAGCGGCUUGCUACGGGCUCCCUCGCUACUGAUGGCGAAGAGCGACAGAGCUGGGAGACGGAGUGGUGCAGGCUAGCGUACUGGGAGCUGACGCAACGCGUGGGUCGCCAGUUCAGUGUCCGCGUGAGGGCGGUGGACGUCUUCGGGGGCGGGGGUGGCACGGGCGCCGGGAGGCACGGUCUAUGCCUCGAUGCGCUCGACACCAAGGAACCGCAAGUUGAACAGGUGCGAAAAACUCGAGCGAAAAUCGGCCUAGGUGUCACCCUGUCCCUUGAAUCUGACGGAGUCUGGCUUUACAACAGAAGCCAAGAACCAGUGUUCGUCAGCUCGCCGGCGUUGGACGCGGCUGCAGCGAAGGCCCUUCUAGUGUGGAGGGUCGCUCCGGGCCACUGUCUGUGCAUCUUCGACCCUUCGUCUCCUCCUCCAGCUGUGUCGUUGCCCCACGUGGGGCCAGUGGACCCUCGGUCUGUGAGGAUAUCGUUCGCGAAGGGCUGGGGCCCUAAGUACUCGAGGCGGGACGUUACAGCCUGCCCCUGUUGGCUCGAAGUCCUUCUAGCACCUCCAAGCUGACGCUAAGACUAUUAUUUUGAUUUAAAAAAAAAACAGUGCGGGCUUGUGAUAGUGGAAAAAUAAAAAUAAAAUGGUGGAAACGGACCAAAGUGAUUUUGGAACAAACUUUUUUAUGUAAAUGGACCUCGAUUCUACUUAUGUUAUUGGACGUUGUUUUACACAAAUAGUGACAGGAGAAAUGUGUUAAAAAGGUUUGAACGCAAAGCGAAAUACUUUCGUGCGAUUUUUCAAAAGGGAAAAAAAAAUAAUUUUUUUUUUCAUUUCUUAAUACGCCCGGACGGUUUUUCAAUAAGGAUGCAAAAAAAUCGCGCGGCAAUGUUUUGCAGUGCAGGCAAACCUUUAUAGAAUUUUUUUCGUUGGCAUUUUAUGGUGAUGAUCAUGUUUUUCAUGUCACUAACUGUAGCGGACUGUAUAGUAACCACAGUUGUCUGUGGUGGUUGUUUUUAUUCUAUGACUUUUUGUUAAUAAUCUCGUGAAUAAAUUGUAUGUCACAUCUGUGGUUCUUCGAUUUUUAAAUAAUUAAAUACUUUAUUUGGAGAUACAAGGGUAAACUUUCGGUACCUUAUGUUGAGUAAUAUUUUUUCGGAGAAUUGAAUUUUCUUAUUUUUCUAAAUUUCGUGAAAUAUUGCAAUUCAAAAACAUUGUUGAAAUAGGUGGAAAAAUAAUAUUUAGCACUUAAAAAAUUAUAAAUACCCUACUAAGGGACAUUGAGUUUCAUUUGAAUAUUGAUUUAGAUAAAAAACUAGAUUACACAAAAAUGAAAUAGCUUUUUUUUUUUUUAAUAAUUAAGUAUUUAGUUAUUUAAAUCUAAAAUCCACAGCGGUGACAGAACAUGGUAUAAUAAUAAUGACUAAUUGUUAUCAAAUCAUAAGACCAAACCUGUAUAAUCGGUUAUAUUUAUUUAAUAAUAUAAAAAAUUGUUGUUGUAAAUAUUAUAAAUUGGAAAUUUAUUUAUGUAUAUUGAAAUCAAGUGUUUAUGAUCGUGGUUUUAGCUAAAGUGAUUGGAGAAUUAAAAUAAGAUUUGUUCAAGCUAAUCUUCUAGAAAAGAAAAACUUAAUUAUUGCUGAUUUAUUUUUCAAAUGCUCGCUCAGAUUGGAACAGCCAAUUUUGAUGUGGAGUACUGAUUCUCCAAUAAUAAUAUUUUCAUGAAUAAUUUCAUUCGCUUAGAAAAGAUUUACAAUGAAAUAAAACGUCCAAAUUGUCGCCCUAUGUUUCAAUGUAAAUUUUUUUAAGCACUAAGAUGAAACGCAUUUUCUACUUCAUAUUUUUUUUUAUAUGAAUUAAAGAACAGUUAAAAACUAAAUUACAAUUCCAUAAAUUUCGUAAAAUAUUUAAAUUUCAUCUUCUUGAAAUUGAUGAAAUUCAAUUUUUGGAUUUCAUGAAGAUGAAAUUCAAAAAAUGAGUUGAACUUACUGUUUGCUUGAUCAUUAAGUUUUGUUGAGUAGAAAAUAUGUGUUUCAUCCUCCCAGGAUGUACCAUUACAAUUAAAGUGUACAGUUUUAAAUGUAAAAAAAAACAUGUAUAGAACGCGAGACUGUGUAAGUAUAUAAAAGUUUAUAUGUACUAUAGAUAUUUGUAAUUAAUUUAUAAUUAUAAAAUAUGCCUUACCUUAGCACAUAAUUUAUUUAAGACUAAGUUAAGUUUUAGUUUUUUCUUGUACGAAAAAUAUGCUUCGUUCAUUGUACUAGAUUUUUUCAUUUGUCGUUUGCACGCUUAUCAAGAUCCAUAUUUCUGGAGAGAAAAGUGUAGUACUUGUGUGAAACUUUUAUGAUGCGAGCCAAAGUACACUACUGGUCAAAUACUGAGAGCUGCUUAAAAGCUUUUUAAAUAUUAAGUAACCGUUUUUUGACUUUGUAGGAAAAAGGUCAAAAAACCCUCAACUUAAUAUUUAAGACUCUUUUAAUUAGUGACGUUUGAAUAUUCGGCUGUUAACCAAUCUGUCAAAUACUACUAAGUAUUAUUAUACUUACUAAAGUAUAAUUGUACGAAUUAAGUAGUAUUAUACUUGCUAAAGUAUAAUUGGACGAAGUAUAGUUGUACGCAAAUCGUAUCGAGUGGUUUCAUUGACGCGUUUAAGGCUGUGCGAUAAGCAUUUUAACCGGUUUCAUUUAGAGGUGGUGACGAUUUAAAUCUCAAAUUCGAUGGGAGCAACACCGAGAUAUGUAGAUAGAUUACCUAGUGUGUGUUUAUAAAGAUCUGCAAUUUAUUGGAUGCGUAUGAAAAAUAGUGCAAUCGAGUUAAAGAUUAUGAUAAUAGCGUAAAUCUACUGGGUGACCGGGUAUAUGGAUCAAAUGAUUAAAUUUGAUAAGGAUUGUAAGUCCUGGUGAAAAAUGUUGUAACAUCAAAAUCGAUUGCGAUUUAUUUGAUAUUAUUAUGUAGUUGUACGAAUUUUUCUAACAGACAUCUAUCAUGGCAACGAAAAAAAAAUAUUUGGCGUUUUUUGCAAACUGCAGACUUAUCUAGACUUUGCAAUUAUUUGGCAUUUUUUACAAAAUGUAGAUAUCUAGAUUAUGUAGAAAAUGUCAAAUAAUUUUUUUAAGGUUGCCAUAGCUGAUGUCUGUUAAAAAAAUCGACAGCUAAUGAUUGAUUUUGAUGUUAUAACUAGAAAGUCCUAGAAAAUAAUGUAAAGCGUAGGUUGGACAUUCAUCUAAUGUUUGGAUAAUAUUGAUAAAAUUCAAAUGAAUUAAAAUGCCCUUAAUUUUUUUUUCGUUUGAUCCAUGUUUUUUCGGUCACCUGUAUAAAACACGUAAAACUUUGUGCCUUGCGUUGUAUUCAAAUAAUAUAAUAUUAUGAAUAUAAUCCAAAAUAGGGUAUAUCAGUCAAUUUCACUGAAUUAUACGAGUAAGGAAUAUACAAUAAUAAUUAUUAUAUUAUACAAAUUAUGUUUUUAUUAUUAAAGCUCGAAUUUAAGAGUGUAUAGCUUUGACAAAGUAGCGAGAGUUGACAAUAAGAUAUUUCAAUCUAGUCUCUAAAUCAAUCUUGCUUUGUCUUUGGGUGUUUUGGUGAAUAAGGCCAGUCUGUGAGUUUAUUGUAUAACGAUAUUGUAUAAAUUAUAUAUUGUUUAAUUUUUAAUUUGCAAAUACUGAAUCAUACUUUUUAAUUUGUUACUGUUAUUUCAUCAAAAAAUAUUGAAAAUUAUAAAUGAAAUAAUUUUUUUUCGAUAAUGUAUAGUAAAAUGCAAGCUGUAAACUGUGAUUGGAAUAAUCACAGGUUGUGUACAUAUUAUAGAGUCAAAUAGAAAUUUCCAAAUAUGAGGAUAAUUUGACUUCUAAUUUUUUCUCAACAUCUUUGUCGUCUAAUUAAUUUUUGCGAUCCUUAACUAAAAACCGUUAAGUGCAAAAAUACUUUUGGCGUUAUCGCCCAAAAACGUGGGAUUUUCAAAAACUAAUGUUUUUAAUAAGAAUGCUACCUAGGACCAAAGUUUUUAGUCAGUUUUUUUUUAUGAUUUGGUCCUAACUCCUAUGUAGAAUUUUUUCACCGACCUCAUUGGAAACAUUACUUUUUGAAAAAAUCGACGUUUUUUGGUGAUAACUCAAAAUAUUAGUUUUUGCACUUGAGUUUUUUUAUCAAACGUCGGCAGAUAUUUAGUCUAUUCAAAAAAAACCAGUUCAAUGCCUAACCAGUGAAGAAUGUCUAAAAAAUUCACAUAAUUUGGAAUUUCUAUUUACGAAGCACAAGUGCCUAACCGAGCAUGAUCCGUCACAGAAUAUGUUAAUUAAUUAAGUAGGUAACACAAAAGUACAUAUAAUUUAUUUAUCGCAACGCAAAUCGCUGUUUAGUCAUCACAUUAGACUGACGUAGCGCCUUAAUUAAAAACUGCGGCCCGUUUUAAUAACGUACGAAAACAUUACACUUGUUUUGGAAAUAACUGAACAUCUAGAAAUUAAAAACAAUAACCAAAAGCAAUAAUGUAAGUUCUUUACUUCAGUGUGCAAAACGCAAAUUAAUUUUUCAUAAAGGUAAUGUUGAUAUAGUUGGAUUCUUUUUUUCCAGUUUUCCAAUAUGUUGGCCACAUUAUCGGGAACUGUCUGUCAGAAAACCAUCGAAGCGUAAAGGUAGUGACUGCAUUCUAGCGCUCGUCAGAAUUUUUUCUAACAGACAAUUUUUGAUAAUAAUGUUAUGGGGGCUAUCCUUAAAAUUGGCAUGUUUUAUAAAUAAAAAAGUACGUUGUUAAAAUGUGUCUCAGAGUUAAACGUAAAAUUACUGUAAAUAGCAACCAUAGUCCACGUUUCGCCGAUUUAUUGUUAAGUUGUGAGUCUGACUGAGAUGAAUGAGAUUAGGGUAUGAUAAAUUAUAAUAAAGAAAAAGAAUAUUUUUAA